AUGCCGCUGCAGUUGAACGAGCGCAUCAGCAUCGUGUCGGCGGGUUUGCUGAAGAUCGCCAAAGCCCGGCUCGAGGACAGUGGGAAGUACCUGUGCUGGGUGAACAACACUGCCGGCGAGGAAACGAUACAGGUAUCGUUGACGGUGACGGCACCGCUGACCGCCCAUCUGCAGCCGCAGGUGCAGACGGUCGAUGUGGGCAAGGAUGCUCAGUUCCAGUGUAUCAUAUCCGGGUUUCCGGCCCACGAGGUGCUGUGGAUGCACAACGGUAAGCCGAUCGUGCGGGACAGCCGGAUCGAGAUCUACACCGAUGUGCCCCGGAUAGUGAUAAAGAAUGUGCAGAAGGAGGAUCAAGGCAUGUACCAGUGCUUCGUCGCAAAUGAGUGGGAGCAGAUUCAGUCGACGGCCGAGUUGCAGCUUGGUGAUGCCACCCCGGAGCUGCUGUACUGGUUCUCGGAACAAACGCUACAACCGGGCCCGACCGUAUCACUCAAGUGCGUAGGCACUGGCAACCCACCGCCGCAGUUCACUUGGAAGCUGGAUGGAUUUCCGAUUCCCGAUAGUCCCCGGUUUGUCGUCGGCCAGUACGUCACCAUCCACGACGACGUCAUCAGUCACGUCAACAUUUCCAACGUGAAGGAAGAGGACGGGGGCGAAUACACGUGCGUGGCACAGAACAGCAUAGGAAAAGUGUCACACAGUGCCAAAGUGAACAUCUACGGGCUUCCAUACAUACGCGAGAUGCCAAAAAUAACGGGCGUGUCGGGGCACGAUCUCAUCAUCAAGUGUCCAGUCGCCGGUUACCCGAUCGACAAGAUUCACUGGGAGCGUGACGGACAAACGCUACCGAUAAAUCGACGCCAACGGGCCUACAACAACGGCACGCUCAUCAUCGAGCAGCUGCAGCUGGCGGAAGAUGCCGGCACGUACACCUGCAUGGCACAGAACAAACAAAAGCAGACGGCACGGCGGAACGUCGAGAUACAGGUGAUUGUGCCGCCGAAGAUCAUGCCGAUACAGGCCAUGACGAACAUGCUGCGCGAGGGUAUGCGUGCCGCCAUCUCGUGCCAAAUUUUGGAGGGUGACCUGCCGGUGAACUUCCGCUGGGAACGCAACGGGAAACCGGUGCUCGGUACCGGUAACGAGGUGAUCCGACGGUUAGACGAGUACAGUACGAGUCUCGUGAUCGAACACAUCACGUCGGAGUAUUCGGGGAACUAUACGUGCAUCGCCAGCAACGUGGCGGGGAGUGAGAGCUUCACAGUGCCGCUAACCGUGAACGUUCCACCGAAGUGGAUUCUUGAGCCGAAAGAUUCGAGUGCCCAGGCCGGGCAGGAUGUGGCACUGCAUUGCCAAGCGGGUGGACAUCCGCAGCCCACCGUAACGUGGAAGAAAGCGAUCGGUAACACACCGGGAGAAUACAAGGACUUCCUGUACGAGCCGAACGUUGCGCUGCACACCAAUGGGACGUUGCAGUUCCGCAAGAUAGCCAAAGACUCGCAGGGUCACUUUCUUUGUGAGGCGAAGAAUUCCAUCGGUACCGGUGUUAGUAAGGUUAUUUUCCUUAAAGUUAACGUGCCUGCUCAUUUUACCACCAAAAACAAACAGAUAACCUCACCGCGAAACAAACAAAUCCACAUCCAGUGCAACGUGCAGGGUGACAAUCCGAUUGACAUCAAGUGGAAGAUGCAGAGUUCCCAGCAGCAGCUGGACGAAUCGCUCGACAAUCGAUACAACAUCCGGGAGCAGGUGCUGGACGAUGGGAUGGUCUCGGAACUGGGCAUCUCCCACACCUAUCGGCAGGACACCGGUGUCUACAUCUGCCAAGCGUCCAACGCUUUCGGCCAGGAUGAGAUGUCCAUCCAUCUGGUAAUCCAGGAAGUGCCGGAAGCACCAAAGAACUUGCGCAUCAACUCGCAACAAUCGCGCACACUGCAACUUUCCUGGAGCCAACCGUUCGCCGGCAAUAGCCCAAUCGAGAAGUACAACGUCGAGUACAAGCUGGUGACGGAACCGUGGCAAUCAGCGGAACACAUUACCGUUGCCGGUACGCAAACGGUUAUCACGCUGCAGAAUCUUAAACCAGCCAAAGCGUACCAUUUGCGCAUUUCGGCCGAAAACAAACUCGGUGCGUCGGAAUACUCGGAAGUGAUCCAGGUGACCACGCUGGAGGAAGUACCGUCGGGUCCACCGCUCAACAUCAAGGGUGAACCGAAGAGUUCCACCGAAAUCUUUCUCUCCUGGGAAGCGCCCGACCGGGAUCAAUGGAAUGGAAAUCUGCUGGGCUACUACGUUGGCUACCAGGUGGCAGCUAAUCCGAACGAGCGGGAGAUAAACCCGACGCAGGGUUUCAACUUCAAGACGGUCGAAGUGCGCAGCCAUUUCGGUGGUGAGACAACGCUCCAGAACCUCAACAAGUGCACCAACUACAACAUAGUCGUGCAGGCGUACACUAGCCAGGGCAGUGGACCGCCGAGCAAAGAGAUAUCGCUGGGUACGCUCGAGGAUGUACCGUCCAGUGCACCGGACAGUCCGAAGUGUGACGUGCUUAGUUCGACCUCCAUCUACAUCACCUGGUCACCGCCGCCGGUCGAUGGUCAGAAUGGCAAGAUACGAGGCUACAAAGUUUCCUACAUCGAAAUGGAUGAUCUUUAUGAGAAGGAACCGUACACAUCGAAAACGAACAACCAAUAUCUAACACUGGAGAACUUGAAGAAGUUCACCAAUUACACGUUUUGGGUGCUGGCAUUCACCAAGGUUGGUGAUGGUGUGCGGACCAACCCGUUUCACUGCAUCACUCAAGAGGACGUACCAAGCGCCCCGAGUGCCCUGAAAGCGGUCCCUUCAUCCAGCACCAAGAUCAUCAUCUCCUGGUUACCACCAGCACACCGGAACGGUCUUAUCACUGGCUACACCUUCUACAUGGCGCUGGUGGAUGGUGGUCGUGACGAGGGAACUCACAAACGCUCGUUGGUGCCGUACGCCGAGAGCCACGAGACGGUACGGUUGCAAGAGCACGCCACCUACCAGUUUUGGCUCACCGCCUCCACGAAGGUCGGCGAGGGUGAAAAGUCCGAGGUGAUCACGGUACCGCCCAACAACAAAGUGCCCGCCCGAAUCGUUUCCUUUAGCCAAGAGAUUGUAACGCCGUGGAAGGAAACAUUGAUUCUGCCCUGUCGGAAGGUUGGCGUGCCGGCGCCGGUCACCAUCUGGCGGCAGGACGAUCAACCGAUGGAUACGGGGACGCGCAAGCUGAUCGCCAAGAACGGCACACUCUACAUCAAGGACUGUCAGCACUCGGAUGCGGGCAACUACACGUGCAGCGUAGAAAACACCUGGGGCAGGGACGAGAUCGUGUAUCGAAUUCGGAUCCGUGUACCACCCGAUCCGCCUACCCUCACCAUCGUCAACACGUACACCGACAGUCUGCUGCUGGAGUGGACCGACAAUCGGAACGGUGGUUCGCCCGUGCUGGGGUACGUCAUCAACUACAAGCGCGAGAACGGUGACUGGGAGGAGCUGCAGAUUGAUUCCAAAACCAACACGCAUCUGCUGGUGAACCUUUGGUGCGGUACGCGCUAUCAGCUGUACAUCACCGCGUACAACAAGAUCGGAACCGGGCUGCCAUGUGACAUCGUCCAUUCGCACACGAAGGGACUGUCGCCAGUGCAGCCGAAGCAUUCGCAAAUGAUCACCAAUAAUUCGACCAGCGUGACCUGCUGGCUCGAUUCGUGGGGUGAUGGUGGCUGUGGCAUCCUGCACUUCGCCAUCGAGAACCGGCUGUACGGUCGGGCGCAGUGGAACAUGAUCGCUAGCCACGUGGAGGCUACGGAACGCAUAUUUACCGUGACCGAACUGCAACCGGCCACGAAGUAUCAGUUGCGCGUCACGGCCUACAAUAAUGCUGGGGCAACGAUGGCCAUUUACAACUACACGACACUCACCGCACAGGGUGUGAUGGUGUAUCCGGACAUCACUAACCCAGUGUCGCCCCACAUGGGUGAGAAUCCGUUCUAUGCCAACUUCAAGGUCAUCCUGCCACUUUGCCUCUCGAUUUUGAUACUGUUUGCCCUUGUCGCUGCUGCGCUUCUGAUACGCAAGAGAAAGCUCAACAACCAGAACCGCAUCCCGUCAACUUCCAUGUCGGAGUCACCGUCUAUCGCUAACAUCCAGAACAAGCACAACCGGGACCAGCAGUAUCUGGCGGUGCGGGCCCAGCAGGCAAGCCGUAACAGUAAUUCCGUUGACUCGGGCAGCUAUAAAGCCGAGGGAAAUGAGUAUAUUGAAGACAUUUGCCCGUAUGCAACCUUUCAGCUGAACAAGCAAACGUACAGCGAAAGUUCAUACAGUGGAAAUGUCUACAGUGGACCAUAUCACUCGAACAAAGAGCCCGAAUACACGAAAGUGCGCAGAAAGGGCGGAUCUCGGCUCCGAGAUCCGGCCACCUCGGAACCAAUAGAAUCAGACAAUCCCGGAUCCACAGAUUCCGAAGUUAGGAAGAUACUAACACUUCAUAUACCGAUUACAGAAUAUGAUACACUCGGUUCCGAAUCUGACAACGAUAUUGCCUCGCGCUCCAAUCAGUCCAACUACCGUCACCAUCGUGACACGCAAGACGAAACGUCUUCAUCUUCCGAAAAUUCUCCCUCGAGCAUAUCGAGGAAAUCUAAACCACCCUAUCCACCGAGAAAGUCUGCCAAAGCACAGUCGCAAAACCUACCGAAGCGGCACGUGCGUAGCUCUAGCGGGUACUCUAGCCACAACGAAGAAACUACUUUCAGUAUAUCGAACUAUCCUAACUAUUCCGAUCAUAUAACACCGCCGGCCCGGUUUUCGGACUUGCUCGGCCGCGACGCAACGCUGGCCGUAUCGUCCGUUAACCCAUCCAGCUUGGGCAGUGCGACGGAGAUCGGCAGCAAUGUGGUGGGCAAAAAGUCGAGCAACCAUUCGCCCCGACCGCGCGCCAAUCAGAAGCUGCAACGGGAAGCAUUUCAGAUCAAUGUGUAAAAGCCGGCCAAGCGUCAUAUUGCCGCGUGUACAACGAACGAACGACGAACAUCCUAGCCCGCGCACAUCUUCCAUCUACAGUCGGUCACCAACCCCCAAAAAACACGAUUGCGCCACGUGUGCACAUCAUUGUUCGCAUUAGCGUAAGCAACACGCUCGGACUAAACCUAGCUGAACUACAUCAUCAACACACAUCCCUGAGACCUACUGUUACCUUCCCGAACAAACAAACAAAAAAUGCCAAAAUGAACAACGUUUUGAUCACCAGCCAACCUUGGAAAAUGAGUGUUUUAUACGUAUAUUUUUAUAGCAUAUUAACUAACCUCUGCGCGUAAGGUACGUAAACACACAGACAUACACACCUCAGAGCAAGCCGUUAAUCAACCAUGCAUCAUUAAAAAUUCAUUUUGCUUUGCCACUAAACGUAAAUAGUCCUAAACCAAGUCAAAACAGCAAACCUACAGAGUACGAGAAUUGAAUAUUGAACAGUGAAAGAAGGCGAAUACACACACUCGCGCAAGAAGCACACACACCGACGAAAAACGAUUCCAAACCGAUAGUAUAAUUGUUAGUAAAUGAGAGACUAACCGAUGAGACCAGUCUAGCACAAAGUAAAACUAAACAGCCAAACGAAAUAUGAUAGGAAAAAGCAAAAACAUGGAGCAAACACCGUGUAUGAACAAAUGACAUACGUAUAUAGGAAAAUCCCCAAACUAGAUAGUAUUGUUGGAAGAAUGAUAAACAAAAAUGCGCAGAACAAAUUGAUUAGAACUUAAAACCGAUCAUACAAACACACACGCAUUUAACUCUCAAAGAGUUAGGCACACUAAUGAAAGGAAUGCCGGACGUCCUUUUUAACAAACUCUUUCACCGAUUGGAUCAUUGUCCACACUUCAUUGGAUCAUUGUUACGUUUGUGAAACUCGUCCAAUAGUUUACUACGCAAUGCGUUCCCUAUUUCUCGCUUCUAAGUACUGAACCAAACGACUCCGUAAGUUACAUUUUCUGCGUACCGCAACUAUUAACUCUAGUAGCGCGUUAGUUAUCGAUCGAACACUUUUACAGGGUUUCUCAACGCGCCACGUUACGCGUUACGUUUGAACGCUUCGGCCAAAAUCUUCCUUAAUAUAAUGCCCAUAUA